AUGUCUUCGCUCACGCGAUCAUCGAGCCCGGCAACACACUAUCCGGCUGGCCACGACCCGAGACGGCCACAGCCCUAUCACAGCUCUUCUGGAACAUCACGCACCGCCCUGCGCGCAACCCGCUUCCACCGCGUUCCCACCCUCGUCACUUACAACCAUAACAAAUACGGCCUCUUUCUGCAAGAGAACAGUACCUUCACCGACACGCCCACCAACUUCUCAAUGGCGAAAACCUACCUGUCUAACUUCCUCCUCGGCGCGGACCACACAAACGCCACCCGCGAUCUCGAUACAGCCUUUGUAGACUUCACGAGUAACCAUUGGUCCCGCUGCAACGGCGCGACCUACGCCGGCGGCUUGGAGGCGCAUAACCCCGAGGUGUGGGAGUUGACCUGGAAGGUGAACGUGCCUGAGUUCAUCCCCGGUCGGCUCUGUGAUACUGGCACUGGGCGCGUCUGUCGUGGUUCCGAGCUGAUCAGUGAUCUCUGGGUCCGCAGCGUGGCCCAUAUUUCGGUGGGGGCGUUGCAGACAGCAGGGUAUUGGAAAAGGGCCAGAGGGCGCCUGAAUCUUAUGCUGGAUUUGUGCGGGAGGGGGUUUGGAUCGAGGGUAGGGGUGGGAACGGCACGCAUCAUAUGGUGCAUUGGCGGGACGAGCCGGUUGUACGGGCGGGAGGGGUGA